AUGGUAACGGAUAAAUUGUACACUGUAUUACAACUUUGUGACAGUGCUUUUCCUACUGGAGGAUUUUCUCACAGCAUGGGAAUUGAAUCUGCAUUUCAGAAUCAUCUUAUAAAAAGUGAAGAUGAUUUGAAAAGUUUUAUAAUUAGUAGCCUCGAAAAUGUUGGAUCAUCUGCUAUUCCGUUUCUAAAGUUAUCACAUGAAAAUUUCAAAGAUUAUCUAGAGCUAGAAGUAUUAGAUUCUUUGCAUAAUUCUUUAUUACUGAACCAUGUUGCUUAUAAGGCUAGUAUACAACAGGGAAAGUCCUUCCUAAAUACUUCUUGCAAUGUUUUUCAACUGCCAGAAAUUACCAAUCUGAAAGCCUUAGUUGAAAAAGAAAAACUCCAUGGACAUUUGGCUAUUACAUUUGCUUCAGUUUGUGCCUCAUUACAAAUUCCAGCUUUUGAAAUGGGAAAGAUGUUUUUAUUUAAUUCUUUAAGGACAAUUAUUUCUAGCCUUGUAAGACUUGGUAAAGUGGGUGCAAUUCAGGCACAGAAUUUACAAUUUGUGAUUAGUAGCCAAUUGGAUAGCAUUAUUUCAAGGAAUUGGAACACACUUCCAGAAGAUGCAAGCAUUGGCUUUCCUGUUAUAGAAAUUGUUCAGAAUGCACAUGAUACUCUCUUCUCAAAACUAUUUUAUUCUUGAACAAAGUUUCGUGCAUUGUAAUUUAAUGCUAGUCAUCACUUAAGGUGUGUAAACUUUCUUUGACUUACGUAAAAAGAUCAUUCCAGAGCUGAAAAUAAAAUGAAAGACUGAAAACUAACCGGUCAGAUCUAUCAUUGCUUAACUUGGUUCCUGGAAUGAGUCAUCAGCUUUUAAACCUUGG